AUGCAGAAAACACCGAGAGCUCUUGCGCAGCGAGCUGCCACUGCAUCAUCACUCAGAACUGACCUAGGAGUACAGAAUGUGGAAUACGCACGCUCCCUCUUAACGCAACUUGAGCGUUCCCUCCCACAAUCAAAGCCACUCGACCGCAAACAUGAAGCGCAAGCCGAGAUCGCGCGGGAUAAACAGCUUCUCAAAAGAAUACAAACCGUUCUCGAGGAGGAGGAUGCCAAGGCGGCAGCGGUGCAGGACGAAGACGAUGACAACGCAGAUGGCGACGACGAAUGGAAAGAGCUCUUCUCGAAGCCUGUAGCCCAGGAAAAGGACGUUCCACCGGGAUCUCAAUCUCAUACUGAGGACCGGGAGUCGUCAACGUCUCGGGAAAUCAAGGAACAUGACAACAUCCAAUCCGCCACCACCACGAGGGUACCACCCACCACCACGCAACCCGAACCAACCUCUACACCCUCAGCAAAUACAUUGGCUCCUCCUACCCUCCGCAAUCGCCACACUGGCAAGCCAUCAGUGGCUACAGAUAAAGCAACCGCAACAGGAAGCAAUACCAAACUGCACGACACAGAAAGCGAGCUCAGCACGCACAGAACGGAGCAAGAAGACUUAACUGGCUCGCUAUUGACAUUAGCUGCGCAGCUCAAGACAUCUUCCAUGUCUUUCCAGUCUGCCCUGGAAGGGGAAAAGUCCGCUUUAGACCGAGCGGUGUCUGGUAUUGACCGCACGAGUACCACCAUGGAGGCUGCGGGGAAGAGGAUGGGGAUGCUACGCAAAAUGACGGAGGGAAAGGGUCUGUGGGGUCGAAUGAUGCUCUAUGCUUGGAUUUUUGGACUGUGGAUUGUCGCUAUUCUGAUUGUUUAUGUUGGGCCCAAGUUGAGGUUCUAG